CACAAACACCAUAUAAGCUCUAACCUCUCUUAUCAUUUGAUCAUUCCCUUCUUCUCCAACCAUAUACACAAACAUAUAGACAAACACACAAAUAUAUAAAGAUGAUAUGCGAGGAGACAUAUCAUCAGCAACCACAGGCACCGAUCAAGGAACAUAUGAUGACGAUGAUGAUGAUGGAUCAACACCAAAUUAGGAAAUCACCAUUAUCAUCAUCGCCAUCUUCACCGUCAUCAUCACCUAGGUCACCAUCAUCACCUAGAUCGCCAUCAUUCAACAUUAACAAUGAGGAAGAGAGAUUAGAAGUUGUGAACAUGAGUGGGAUGGCCUUAGAAUCUCUCCCAAAUCCAUCAAUCAAUCUAGCUCAGAUUUGCAAGCUUGAUCUCUCCAACAAUUAUCUCCAGACCAUACCAGAAUCACUUACAGCAAGACUACUCAACUUAAUAGCAUUAGAUGUUCAUUCUAAUCAGCUCAAAGCUCUUCCAAAUUCCAUUGGCUGUCUCUCCAAGCUCAAGACCCUCAACGUCUCCGGCAACUUUCUUGUUUCCCUUCCCAAAUCUAUCCAGCAUUGCAGGUCUCUGGAAGAACUUAAUGCAAACUUCAACAAACUCAUUAGAUUACCAGACUCCAUUGGAUAUGAACUCACCAAUCUAAGGAAGCUCUCUGUCAACUCCAACAAGCUCAUCAGCCUCCCAAUCUCCAUUACUCACCUUACUUCUCUCCGUGCCCUCGAUGCUCGUCUCAACUGCCUAAUGAUUCUCCCAGAUGACCUCGAGAAUCUCAUCAACCUCGAGAUCCUCAAUGUCAGCCAGAACUUCCAGUACCUUACAGCCCUCCCAUCUUCCAUUGGCCUCUUAAUGAACCUCAUCGAGCUUGAUGUUAGCUACAACAAGAUCACUGUCUUACCUGAGUCCAUUGGCUGCAUGAGACGGCUGAGGAAGCUGAGUGUUGAGGGAAACCCACUCGUAUCCCCUCCUGCUGAGGUGAUGGAGCAGAACUUGCAAGUGGUGAGAGAGUAUCUGACACAGAAGAUAAAUGGUACAGCACCAAAAAGUCCCAGCAAGAAGAAGUCAUGGGGGUUUGGUAAGCUAGUGAAGUAUGGGACGUUCAAUGGUGGAUCAAGAAGCUGGAAUAGGGAAGAGAGAGAAGGGUUCAUCAUGCCUGAGUACCGUUCCAUUGACAGUCUUGCUUCACCGAGGUACUCUGGAAUGUUCUCCCCUCGCCGUCUCUUUUCUCCAAGAAGUUAUUUCAGCAGAUAAAACUCAGACAACAACAGAGAGGUUCCAUAUUGCUACACACUAUAGACACAUCUGUAGCAUCAAGGCCAUCGUUUAAAAAUUAUAGUAUCAGUAAAAUGUAUAAAGAUUAUCUCAAUAUGUUCAUCAGUUUCUAGAUUUCUUAUUUUUUUUUCCUUUACAUA